AACAGCCACACCACAGACUGGAGCUGGAACCAGAUAUUUUGGCUUUUUACAUCUGCAACAAUGACUGUCUUGCCGACAAGCGAUCCUGGGAACUUCAGCAGUGAGACAACAAAUAACUCUUCCUGUUAUUACAAUGACCCCAUGAUUUUCACUGUGUUUCAAGUGCAUGUCAUGGUCAUCAGUGUGCUGGGAAUAAUCAUGAAUGUGUUUGUGCUGCUGGUUUUCUGGCUCCACAAGAAGGCCUGCACCGUGCCUGAGAUAUACCUGUGCAACCUGGCUGCUGCAGACCUCCUCCUGACCGCCUUCUUGUCCUUCUGGGCAAAGAUUAUAGCAAAUCAAUACAAAUGGCAAUUCAGUGAUCACCUGUGCAAAGUUUUCCAUGCUGCCAUCGUGAUGAAUGCUUUCAGUAGUAUCUACUUCCUUGUCAUGAUCAGCAUCGACCGUUACCUGGCGCUGGUGCACCCGCUUUCUCAUCAAAGUCUGCGUAGGCCGCGUACCGCAAAGCUUGUGUGUUUUGUGGUCUGGAGUCUGGCCCUGGUUUUCACCUGUCCUACGAUCAUCUAUAGGGAAGUGGAACAUUACCACCAGACAAGUAUAUGUGUGUUAAACAUCCCACAUUCUCUUCUUUACAGUGGAAUAAUGAUCAUUUUCACCUUCAUCAUCCCCACUGGCUUCAUUUUAUACUUCACUGUAAAAAUCCUGAAGGCUUUGAGGAACAGGUUAUCAACGAAAAUGAACUCAAACUCUCAGGCACAGGAGCAGAAGGCCACCACACUGGUCCUAUCCGUCCUUCUGGCAUUUUUGAUUUGCUGGGUGCCAUACCACGUCGUUAAUAUAAUAACCAUGCUUGUCAAACUUUAUAAAGUGGAAGGAUGUCGGUUUGUCAUCAACCUGAGCAUCUGCAUAAACAUGUUCACCUAUUUAGCCUUCUUUAAUAGUGUAUUGAACCCUAUUCUCUAUGUCAUUGUAGGCAAAAAAUUCCAGAAGAAAGCUAAGGAACUUUUCACACUUCGGUGUGACAAUAAAUACCCAGUGAGCUUUAGUCUCAUUUCUCAAUGCCAAUCAAGAAGUGAUACCACAAGAGUUACUCCAGACUGAUCAGAUCUGAUCAAAUGUUUAGGAUUUGUCGCUGUUGAGUACCGCGGCAAUGAUGAACAACUAACUCACGAAAAGUUAGGGACAGUGAGCUUUUGGCUGAAAUUUCACGAUCUGUCACAGUGUUUCCUUUCUGUCUCUGAACUUUUGAAUGCACUUGUCAAAUUAUUGACUGUUUUAAUACUGUAUGAUUCAUGGACCAACAAAUUUCCUACUUCAAUUAGAAUUGGCAUUGAAACAGUGUUUCUCAUCAUGCCGUUCAUAUUUUUUACACCAUGAGACCACGACCACACUUUACAUUUGAUCAACAGUACCUCGUCGAAGCAGGGCUUCAAACAAAAUGUUGUCAAAAAGAAGAGAGCACUAUUCAUCAGCCACUGUAGUCACUAGACGAGGGUUUGGUGAUGCUGGUGUAGAGAUGUGAACAAGUGUGUGUAAUCCAGCGAUGUCAAACCCAUUUUAGUUCAGUGGCCAAAUUCAGUCCAGUAUCAUCUUGAGUCUGCUGAACAGGAAAACUAGUGGCAUGAUAACCUGAAAAUGUAAAGUUUUCUUUGUUGUUCAAAUGUUAAAAAGUCACAAAACAAAACAAUUACUGUGAAAAUUACUACAAUUUGAACAUGCAGACAAUUUUAAUAUCUUCUGGUGCAAAACACUGUGUAAUUACAGAUAGAGUUCUUCUGUUACAUUCUCCUUUUAUAUUUGGUAGCUGGGCAUCAAGGCAGCAUCACUGAUAUCUCAGCUCCCAACAAAACUGUCCAAAGUGGAUGGUUUCUUUGGAAUUUUUUUCAUUUUUAUUUUUUAUUUGGAGCCUCUUCCAUACUGGCUCUGACCCAUGGGCCUUAUGUUAAGUUCAUCUUUAAGAAGGACAAUGGCCCGGCCCUCGGCUCAUCGGGAUGAAAUCAUUAGGGAAAUGCUGCUGGAAACUGGGAGUGCCAUAGAAAAUCUCUGAGAACUGCUGAGUCUCCAUGUCGAGGCUCGUACCCCUGUACCCCAGAACCUCAAAGACCUGGGGGCCAGCUGUACAAGAAGAUUAGGACGCCACGCCUCAGAAGACAAUAAGUCGACUUGGGAACAGCAGGAGACGUCAUCAUCAAGCGGUAACUGAGGCACAAGACACAAAAACUGACUGAAUAAAACGUGGACUGAUAGACCCUUUUCCACAUGCUUCCUGUUAUGAUGAUGCUGCAUAUUUAUACUGCACUGAUGUUGAGUUUCAUGUUACAGGUUUAAUGGGCACAAUCACAGUGGCAUUAAUGUACAAAAAACCUGAAUGUAAAAUCUGUGUUUCAGUUAGGUCAGUCUUAAUGAAUCAUUUUGUGAGAUAUCGCACAUGUCUAUUUGUGCAUUUCUGUGGAUCUCCAUCUGUGUUGUUGUCAGUUUUACACACAUUAGACUUCUAGUUAUUCUUUUUUUUUUUCUCCAUCAUAGUAGAAUGUUCGAUGAAAUGUGUUCUGAUUUUUCCUGGCGCCGACAGAUUGCCUUUAAACAAUAUUAUAAGAAACAUAUUAAACAUUGGCUCUGGUCUCUGGUCCAUCUCUAUUCAUUUCUAUCCAGGUCUCCCUGCUGCACUCAGCAUCAAUUCAGUGUAGUGCUGUAUCCUACUUUGCCAUUAGGGGGCACUACAAGCUUCAGGACUGUGUGAGAUGCAGACAUGUUUCACAAUCAGGGGCCAACAUCGCCCUCACUUGGAAACUCAUGGGACACAUUUUCUUCAUCAAGGCAUGUUUCCAGUCACUCAGAGCACUUCCUUUUUUUUUCCUUUUUUCUCCACCACACUGUUUUUCCGCUGAGGACUUUACUGGAGACUGAGCUCAACUUGAGGCUAAAUAAUGCAAUGGAGGAAAGAUGCAGUGAUGGAUUAUGGAAAGCAAGAUCAUCUGUAGAAGAUUCAUUGUUCUACUUGCAACUUAAAAUAGCAAACAUUUAUUUUACUGUCUCACAUUAGAUAUAUAUAAUCUCCACUGGUUUAUACUCAGCUCCAAAAAUGGAUUAUUAAUACUUGUUGUAACCUUUACACCGUUCAUAUACAGGACUGGACUGGGAUAAAAAUGGGACGGCAUUUUGAGCCGUGACUGAUCCACCAGGUAUUGAUGGAAAGAUGAAGCCUAUGGAUGCUAACAAACUGUCUUGUGACAGAGCUUGUGCACGCUCUUG